AUGUGUCCCAUCGAGAUUUGCUGGACUCAUCUUGUCCGCUAUAGCUCGACCGCCAAUGGCCCCAUCAAGUAUGGAGAGCCCAUUCUCGGCCAAACUGGCGAUAUUGGCAAACUGGCCAGAGAUGAUCAACUGAAAGUGAAGCGACUUUUGGGCAGUGAUCCAUUUCUUCUGGAGAAGACUGAUGUCGUUGAGACUGUCUAUCGUCUCUACGGUCCCCUCGAACCAAAGGAUGUGCCUAUAAUCCGCUGCAUCGGCCUCAACUAUAAAACACACAUUCUUGAAACCGGAAGGCCGCUACCUACUUGUCCUACCGUCUUCACCAAGCCGAGCCCAGCAGUAGCCGAUCAUGACGCUCCGGUUCCUAUUCCAAAAAUUGCACAGGAGCAAUGCGAUUACGAGGGUGAACUCGUCAUUGUCAUUGGCCGUGAAGGCAAGAAUAUUCCAGAAGCCGAAGCUUUGAACUACGUUGCUGCUUACACUGCUGGCAAUGACAUUUCCGCCCGGGACUGGCAACGCGAGGCUGGAAAGGCCGGUCCUGUUCCCCAAUGGACUUUCAGCAAGUCUUUUGAUAACUAUGCUCCCCUGGGACCCUGCCUCGUCCGACAGGAUCAGCUUAAUGAAGCGAGUAUGCUGUCUCUACGGACCUUGGUCAACGGAGAUGUUCGUCAGGAAAGCCACACGUCGGAUUUGUGCUUCGGCGUUCGGAAGCUUGUUGCAUUCUGUAGCCAAGGUCAAACCCUACAGAGAGGAUCUUUGAUCAUGACUGGAACUCCGGGUGGAGUUGGGCUUUUCAUGAAGCCACCUCAGUUUCUGAAGGAUGGUGAUGUGGUGAGCGUGGAGAUAGAGUCUAUCGGCACCCUGCAAAACACCAUUUCCUUUGAAAAUUAG